GGCAAUGCCCCUCUUGCCCACCGCAGGCUGCAGGACCCCAGCCGGUUGUGUCCCAGAGCCCUGGGUUCUCUGAGAGCCGCCGGUGUCUCCGCAAGGAAGUGUCGAUGCACCCCAAUGGCACACAGCACCGAGUUCCCAUGUACAGCUUGAAUAAUCAGCUCCAUAUCUGGCUUCUCUUCAGAGCUCACAGUUUUUUGCCAACUUCUAAUCUGACACUUCACCAGAAGCACUUCUGAGAGUUUCUAAGUGGUUUUUUACCACAUAAACAGGGGUCAUAGGGCACUGCUAUUAUGUCCUGGGUACAAGUAGCAGUCAGCCAAUCCAGUGAGGAUAUAUUUGAUGAAGAUGCAGAUGAAAUGUAUCUACUACAGAAGGAAUGGAACAGCACUAUGACAAAGAGAUUGAAGGAAGGCUAUAGGGAUGGAAUUGAGGCUGGGAAAGAACUUGCACUCCAGACAGGCUUUAAUCAAGGUUACAGACACGGUGCCGAGCUGAUGAUUAAAUGUGGCCAGUUCAAAGGAACCCUGAAUGCUCUGUUAUCCUGGUGUCAUUUUAAUGGACAUGAUUCUGCUCUAAGUAUGAUAAAUAAUCUUCUUGAUAUGGUUGGAAAGCAUGAAGAUGAUGUGCUUAAGUAUCUGAAUUCUACUGAAGAACAGCCACAUCUUGGACACAUUUUAGACUCGGUUCAGGACAUGGACCUUAAUCACACAGCUGGGACAGAGUACAGGGAAGUUAAAGAUGGAAAACACAAUGACUGUAGCAGCUCCUGUGAAAACAUUUGUAGGAAUAAUGGUGAGGUUGGUCCCUUGCAGUCUGAAUGCAGCAAGGCAAACCUCUGCACAGAUCCUGAAAAGUCAACCCUUGCUUGGGUUAAAAUGCAGACUGUUUGGUUAGUAGAGCAACUGGGCUUAUCACUGGAUGUACUCCAUCAUGUCCAGCAACUGGAACAUUAGUUUUUCUGUCUCAUGGUACUUAAAACUAUCACAGUGGAUUUUGAUUCUUAGUUUGUGGGCCAUGUACAGGCUGAUGCAUCACUUUUGCUUUAGGAAAAUCUAAUUUGGAUGCUUUAUAGUAGAAGUCAUUUUUGUAAAUCCUCGCCAUGAUUUUGGCUCUGGGCAAAACCCUUCACUUUCAACUUUAAAAGUAACAUUCACAGAAAGGGACAGUGACUUUAAAGCUUUACAAAGAGUUGCUAAACAUGUUUCUAUUUUGUGUCAGGAGGUCCCAUUUCACCCUCAUUUUUUUCUUGGCAGUAGCUUGGAAAUGAGGCAGGUCCAUUAAAUAGCCCCUCUAAAUUGGUCCCCUGCAAUAUCAAAAGAAUAACUGCUCAGUGCUCUGGAAAUGGUCAGUGUUUUUGCAAAAUAAGCUGCUGAUGAUGAUAUGCUGUGUGCAAAAUAGAACAUGAUAUGCUGCUGAUUCCUAGAAUGCUGUGACUCUCUAGUCAUGUUUUGUCAAAUUCUAUGUGUUAUCUUUUCUACCCAUGAUGCAAUGCACUUUCAUGGUUAAAAACUAUUUUUCCCUCCUUGUAUAGUUAUAUUUGUCACUUUUGCUGAAAACAUACCAUUUUCCUCAAAUACAGAAUUGCUGUCAAUUCACUGUUUUACUUUUAGACAUCUACUCUUACCAUGUCAGACCACACUAAACAUGCUUCCAGUCUAAUGAACAUCCUUUUGUUAUUUUUGUAUUUAUUUUGUCAGUCCAUCUAGCCUGAACUCUUUCCCGCAUUCCAAUAAUGUUUUUCUCAAACUCUUCAAGGAAGCCAAGCUUAUUCACUACCUCUUAGAAACACAUCAGCCACACAUGCCUAUUUCUGAUCAUUUUGUAUUUCAGUAACUGUUCUAUAUUUGACUUGCUUUCCCAUUGCUUCUCUUCACUGUAGCUGUAAAUUGCUCUGUUCAGGAAGUUUUUUCUUUGUAAAUGCCUCUGCUUUACAUUAAUUAAACUGAUUUAUAGUAAGUUCCCA